AUCUCACCCCUCUAUAUCAGCGCCCGUCUUAUCUGUAGCUAUGGACUGCUGCAUGUGACCGGGCUCACGUCGAAGAUACUGUGUCUUGAAAUACCUGCCUCCCCUCUCGAGUCUCGUAGCACGCUCCAAGCCCCCCAGGGCUCUGCGGGUGCCAACACCGCAUUAUGAAGUUUGGCAAGCAGAUUCAGAAACGCCAGCUCGAAGUCCCUGAAUAUGCGGCGAGUUUCGUCAACUACAAAGCUUUGAAGAAGCUCAUCAAAAAGCUCUCGGCGACACCUACUCUCCUCGCCCAAAAUGAUGUUCACCGCCUCUUACCAGUUGUUGAUUCCCAGUCAGCCUUACAAGCGAACAAGGCCACAUUCUUCUUCCAAUUGGAACGAGAGCUCGAAAAAGUCAAUGCCUUCUACCUCCAGAAAGAGGCCGAGCUCAAAAUCCGACUGAAGACCUUGCUUGACAAGAAGAAAGUCCUCCAGUCUCGCAACCAAAGCACGUCUCGACGGUCUGCCAAAUUUACGACUUUAGAAGAAGGCUUUCAGCAAUUUGGCAACGAUCUCAACAAGCUUCAGCAAUUUGUUGAAAUUAAUGGAACGGCUUUCUCCAAGAUUCUCAAGAAAUGGGACAAGACAUCGAAGUCCAAAACCAAGGAACUCUAUCUCUCCAGGGCCGUGGAGGUGCAACCAUUUUUCAAUGCGACUGUCAUCAGCGAAUUAUCCGAUCAGGCAACCACUAGCUUGCAAGAGCUUGGUGCUUGGUCAGAGGGCGACCAUGUGAACUUCGAAAGGAAUCCCGAACACAUCGUGAGCAGCCAGCGUCUACUUGGUACUGACGAGGGUGAUGCGGACACCUUGCUUCUUGAUGCUGUGAUUUCAGGUAACCUCGAAUCUCUGAAGGACCUUCUCCUACGUUUGAAGACUGCCGCAGAUCCAGAUGGUACCCGCGACGUAGCGUUGUUGGAGAGAAUUACCAGAACUUUCCUUGCAGCAAUCAACGAAGGGCCAGAACCGUCAUUACAACUACUUUUAGACACUGGGCUCGUAGAUAUUCAAUCAGAGGACGAUAUCAAUGAGCGAAACUGCCUCCACCAGGCCACCAUUUAUGGCAACUCUUUCGUCUUAGGUGUUGGGAUUUCGAAAGGGGUUUCUGUUAGCCGAACGGAUGUGUAUGGACGAGUGCCAUUACAUUAUGCAUGUAUGCAUGGUCGUCUUGAUAUGAUGGAAGCGUUGCUCAAUGCCGACCAUUCUACUAUCGACUUAAUCGACCAUGAUAACUUCACCCCCUUGAUUCAUGCUAUUAUACACGGACACAUCGAAUGCGCUCAACGACUACUUGACCGAUCUGCUCGGAUUGAUCCUAUAUCCGAUGCCGACCAUGUGCCAUUGAAUUUAGCCUGCGAACAUGGCUCCGUGGCUAUUGUUGAACUACUUCUGAAACACGGUGCCAGGAUUUUACCCGAUGCCGAAGGCCUAUAUCCUCAACACCUUGUUGCUCGCUCAGGUCAAACGCCCCAACUGCUUCUUCUACUUAGGGAUUAUGGAGCAGACCUUGACCAGAUCGACAAGCUUUACUCUUGGACGCCACUUUUCCAUGCUGCAAGUGAAGGAAAUGUGCCAUGCAUGCAGACACUUCUGGAUGUUGGUGUCAAACCCGACAUUUUGGACGAGAAAGGCCUUUCUGCCAUGUAUUAUGCAGCGUGGGAGGGCCAUCUCGAAUGCAUGAGAUUGCUUUCAUCAAUACCCUCGACCACAGAAGAUCGAAGGGUUUUGCAGAGUGGUCAACUUCAGCCUAUGUCAGGAAGCAGUCUACCUGUACCAAUGAGCAUCGACGCCGAUGGUAUUCCUGAGCUCGAGCUACCACCUCCAAUCAUUCCUUUACGACGAUACGGCCACAAUUUCCUCGACACAAAGACUUUCGUACAGAUAAGCUUUGAAGACAUUGGUGAACAGCCCAUGGUCUUUUUCCACGAUAGUAAAUACCCGGCCGCACGUCUCACUAUAUCUUCAAAACUGUCCGAUUUAAUUCCAAAGAAUAUUCUACUCCCCUUCCAGGAAGAUACCCGGCUUGUUUCAUUCCAGAUUGACAACCUAGACUCCUUCGCCAUCGAUUUUGACGUCUUUCCCACAUACGGUGCGAAGGUGAUCGCGAAGACUGUCGCAUUGCCUAGUACAUUCAGAGCAUUGUUGAGUAGCUCUGGUCGGUGUUGCUUGCCCCUUUUUGAUCCACGGCUCAGAGCCAUCGGGCAAAUCACUUUUAAUUUCCAGGUAAUCAAACCUUUCCAAGGAAAGCCCUUGGAAAUUACCGAUUUUGAAACAUACUGGAAAGCAACAAGUCAGUUUGAUCAUAGGCCAAGCGCUUUCAUAACUGGCUCCAGUCUAUCGGGAGAUUAUGUGCAGCUCUUUGUACAGCACACAUGUGAUGGAGUUCCUGUUCUUUGGCCAACGUGGACCAUAAAUUACAUGGACAUCGAGUUCCCGGUUAGCCGCCUGACAUAUGACCAGUUUAUCAGCGCGGGCUGUCGUCAAGCCAGCAAGAAGGGCGAUCUUUCAGCGCUUCCGAAUCUACCAUUAGAAAGCAUUGCCGAUGUCCACCGCAUACUUUCGAACUCAGCUAUAUCCCUCAAAGACGCGCUUGCCCUCCUACCCCAAGGUAUGCAUAUUAAUCUUCAGAUCCUCUAUCCAUCUGCAGAGGAGGAGAAAACUCUACGUCUUGGACCAACGAUGAAUAUCAAUACGUUUGGAGAUGCCAUUCUAAACGUCGUCUUUGACCACGCGAGGAGCAUAAGAGAGCGGUCACCAGAUUCAACACCAUCAAUCGUUUUCAGCUCUUAUAAUCCUACUGUUUGCACGGCACUAAAUUGGAAGCAGCCUAAUUAUCCAAUUUUCUUGUGUAAUGAUCUUGGCUGUGAGGGCAAAGCAGCAGGUUCGCCAGCGGUCCCAAGCAGUGGAAGGAGGACAACGUCUAUCAAGGAAGCAGUGAGGACUGCACAAAACAAUAAUUUCAUGGGUUUGAUAUGCUGUUCACGGCUCUUGGAUAUGGUACCUGCUUUGAUAGAAGCAAUCAAGGCGCAAGGACUUGUACUAGUUAUCGACAACUCGGCUGAGCCAAAGGUAGAAAGGGACAUACUCGCUGAUCCAUUCCCUAGACUUCCAGAGGGCGUUGAUGGAGUUUUGAAAGCAAACGGUGUUUUGAGAUUCAAUGAAAGCAUUGAUAUGUAGAGCAAAGAUUAAAAAUUAUCUGCAAGAUAGGACACAGACACUGAAGCAAAUUUGGACAGUGGUUCUCAUGGCUAUCUCCUAUUGUGUCUGUUCAUCAAUGUAGAUCGUGAUAUUCCUACAGGGCUUUCCCAUGCUCUCUAAAAUCAACAAGCAUAAAAGACAGAAGCAAGCCUAGGCCCCCUUGAACUCAUAUCUCAGAGACCCCAACUCGGCCUCCGGAUCGACGCUGCCCAUAACCACCUUCGCCAGCAGAACAACAGCAUAGACGGCCGCCGGCAACCAUCCGAACCCCCACCAAGCCAACUCCUUACCCCUAGACACCAACCCCAGGAUGCCCAGAACGGCACUGAGCACCAGAUUCAAAGACGGUAGGUAGCGCUCAAUGGGUCCCUG